CGAUCAGCAAUCGAUCACUAUCAAAUGGGGGUAACUGAGACCUCAGGGUGGGACUGGGGCAUCUGGAACUUCACUCGAGCCGGUGUCUCCCUCAGCCGUCUCCAGAACGAGAGCUUCACCAAGUCAAGGAACAAGACCGAUCCCUUUGGGAGGAAUGAAAACCUGGCCAAGACCGAGAUCUCGGUGCUUGGGAUCAUCUUCCUGGUGGCAGUGAUUGGGAACCUGAGCGUGCUCAUGGCUCUGUACAAAACCAAGAAGAAGAUGUCUCGGAUGCAUCUCUUCAUCAAGCACCUGAGUGUGGCGGAUCUGGUGGUGGCGGUGUUUCAGGUCCUGCCGCAGUUCAUCUGGGACAUCACCUACCGCUUCAAUGGCCCCGAUUUCCUCUGCCGGAUCGUCAAGCACCUCCAGGUCCUCGGCAUGUUCGCCUCCACUUACAUGAUGGUCAUGAUGUCUGUGGACCGUUACAUCGCCAUCUGCCACCCGCUGAAAACCCUCCAGCAAGCAACCAAGCGCUCCUACCUGAUGAUCAUCACCACCUGGAUGGGCAGCUUCAUCCUCAGCGCCCCGCAGUCCUUCAUCUUCUCACUGAGCGAGAUCGAGACGGGCUCAGGGGUGUAUGACUGCUGGGCCAACUUUAUAUUGCCCUGGGGCAUCAAGGCGUACAUCACAUGGAUUACUGUCAGCGUCUUCAUCAUCCCUGUCCUGACUCUAGCAGCUUGUUACAUCUGCGUCUGUUACAACAUCUCCAAGAACGUCAAGUACAAGACCACCAACAACUCAUCCGAAUCCGCUGUCAAGAACGGACUGAUAACCUCUGGUGUCAAUGUCAGCAAUGUCAAAACUAUCUCCAAAGCCAAGAUCCGGACUGUGAAGAUGACCCUGGUGAUAGUCCUCGCCUAUAUUGUGUGCUGGGCUCCCUUCUUUAGUGUCCAGAUGUGGUCAGUUUGGGACCAAAAAGCUCCAAAGGACGAUUCCACAGACACUGCCUUUACCCUCACAAUGUUGUUGGCCAGUCUGAACAGCUGCUGUAAUCCAUGGAUCUACAUGUUCUUCAGCGGUCACCUCCUGAGUGAUGUUUCCAAAUUUUUCCCCUGUUGUCAUAAGUUCACGCAAAGCCUGAAGAAGGAGGAUUCAGAUAGCAUCACCAAACGGCACACUCUACUGACUCGGCUCAGUCACAGAAGCUCGACUCUCAGCUCAUGCAACUGGAAGGACACUGAAACAUCGCCUCAGUUACUCCGCUUUAUCCCAAUAGAGACUUGAGACAAAAUAAUCAUUAGGAAGACAUGCUUGGGCUAUGCGUAUAUGCUUUGAU